CCCAAGCAAGUUUUUCUUCGAUGUUUUUAUUUAUUACAUUUGUAGUUCGGCCGUCGGUACAGGUUGCGUUCAGUGCGCAGCGGCACAGGGAGGUCGAAUCUCACCCCGCCUUUAGAAUAACUAUCUACCGAGGAUAUUCGGAAGAGACAGACAAAACAAUCGUCGUGGGCGACCACCCAUUCAACGAUUGUCGGUACGUUUCUACGGAUGGACUAUUUCGCGGACUGUUAUAUGUGCGGACGAUAAAAGUGUUUCGGGUGGUUAAAUGAUGAUGAUGGACAAUACCACAAUCGAUUCAGCCAGUGACGCUUCAUCAGGUUCGCCAGCUGUAGCAAUUAAAACGUCACCAUCACCUCCGACCAACAAUAACAAUAUCCCUAAUCAUCACCAUCAUUUGCACAGUCCUAGACAAGCGAGUCCUUUAGGCCCACCAAUGUCCAUGGCCCACCCUCUGAGUCCACCGCCGGUAUCCAGCGCUUCUUUGGCUAGAAGCAUGGCCUUGGGACAUCUACCACCGCCCGGCUUGGGACUGCUGAACUCUUUGGGAGUUUUGCACAAUCCUUUAGACCUUAUGGCCCACCAUGGACCACCGAGGUCCUACAACUCACCACCCCCUAUCAGCACGUCGGAUCCUACAGCCAACGAAUGCAAAUUGGUCGAUUAUCGCGGACAAAAAGUGGCUGCUUUUAUUAUUGCAGGCGACACGAUGCUGUGUCUGCCUCAAGCAUUCGAACUUUUCCUCAAACAUCUUGUUGGUGGUUUGCACACGGUUUAUACGAAACUGAAGAGACUCGAUAUUGUACCGUUGGUUUGUAACGUGGAGCAAGUGAGAAUUUUGAGAGGUUUGGGCGCUAUACAGCCCGGUGUCAACCGAUGUAAGCUGUUGUCUUGCAAAGACUUCGACACCUUGUACAAAGACUGCACCACUGCCAGUUCCAGACCCGGCCGACCGCCAAAACGAGCUCCCGUGGGAUUAAGUCUGGCCGCGUCGCACUUGCAACACCAACAAAUGAAGAAACAACGCAUGGACAACGGCGAUUAUCCCUACGAAAACGGACAUAUGGGCGAUAUGGCACGACUAGAAAAAUCCCCACUACUGGCCAACGGCUACAAUCAUCCGCCGCACUUGAGCCACAUGCAAUUCAUGCAGCUACCGCAUCCGGCCGCUGCGCAUUCGGCCCUUUUGUCGCCCGCGAUGCCGCACAAUUUGAGUCGACACGACGGGUCGAUCAUCAAAAAUCAGGGCAUGCCCGCCAUGGAGGCGAUUGCAAGGUCAGGGAUAUGGGAAAAUUGUCGAGCAGCUUACGAAGAUAUUGUCAAACAUCUCGAAAGGUUACGAGAAGAACGCGGCGAUCCAGACCGACCAUUACCUAUGGAACAAAAACCCAGAGAUCUCAGCAGUCCCAGGAACGGUUCACCAACGACCGAUCACAGUCCAGUCUUAAACUUGUCCAAAAGCGGAGGCGGUAGUGCAGGUUCGCUGGGUGACAACGACCAUUCGGGUAGCGAAGCUGACGGUCCUGACGUACCACCGUCGCCCAGAUCGCCGAGGUCUGCAGUCGAAGACGACGACGACAAUAUUUCGGAACCUGAAGACGAAGACGAAAAGGAUCAAGAUCUGGACGAUGGCGAUCUUCCUCUACCCUCAAUGCCAGGAGUCGACCACCACCAGCAAGCCGCACUGAACUACUCCACUCUGGCAAGCUCAGUGAAUCCCGAUCCCGGUGUUUCGUCGACUGAAACCCUCCUCAGAAAUAUCCAGGGACUCCUCAAGGUGGCGGCCGACAACGCGCGCCAGCAAGAACGACAAAUCAACUACGAAAAAGCCGAACUAAAAAUGGACAUGCUAAGACAACGCGACGAGAAGGACAAUUUGGAGAGGCAGUUGCAGGAAGAGCAAAAAUUGCGAGGAAUGUCUUAUAUAGAAGUGGAAUGCCUCAUCCCCGAUCGCAUAACUUACCCUUUGCGAAAUAAAUUUUAA